UUCCUGUCCUUGUUGUUUUGAUCAUUCUUUGGACUGUUUUAUGCGAAAAAGCACAACAACAACUACAACCUCCACAACAACAACAACAACGGCAAAACCAAACACAACAGCAUCUCCAUGUUGUGAUUACAGUUCCUCGUCUUCCGAAAGCGAUGAAAGCGAUGAAAGGGGAGAUUGCUCUCCAUCAGAUUGCAAUUCCAAUGGGCAUUGUUUUGGAUCUACUUCAGAACCGUUGUGCUUGUGCCGAUUAGGCUAUUGCGGUCCUCGCUGCAAUACAAGUCAAUUAUUAUUCUGAUAUGGGGGGCUAAAGGAUGGCUAAGAGUUUGGGAUUUGAGAUGGGAUAAAUAGAGUAUAUUGAGUAUAAAAGAGAUGGGAUAUACGACUCUUAGGAUAGGAGGGAUAUAUUGAUUGAGAUAUACAAAAAGGGCUAUGCAGAAGCGUAGAGCUAGGGCUAGGAUAAGCUUGGGCUAUGAUAAAAAAAGCCUGAGAUAAGAGAAAAAGGCUAAUUGCGAAAAAGCAUAUC